CUUUGGUCGCAUCCAUUAGCAGCAUUUUACUUGAAUCAUUGAAAUUACCACGCAAGGCAACGCAACGCAACGCAAAGCCAAAUAACGUAAAGCAUUUUCCGUGUCGCGAAAUCAAAUAAAGUACAGUAAAUCCGCUCGUCAGACGCGCAACGCCUAAUUGAAUCGCAUUGCAUAGUUUUAGAACUAUGAAGGCCACAACGCGAAUUUGCUCGAUUGUCGUACUGAUCUGCGCUGCGCGACUCGUCUGCACCGCACAACAACGGUACAACAACAAUGAUGCUGUCGGCUACCCACUCGACUAUGCGGACACAAAGUUAAUACAGAAUGAUUAUUUGCUGGAGAAACGAAACAAACCGUCAUUGUCAAUUGUGAAUCCGUUGGACGUGCUGCGCAAACGAUUGUUGCUGGAAAUGGCUCGAAGGCAAAUGAAGGAAAAUACGAGACAGGUGGAAUUGAAUCGUGCCAUAUUGAAGAACGUCGGCAAGCGUAUGCUCCCAGCGCAAGCACAACAACAACAACAGCAAUUGGAAUACCUCCUCAACCGCACACCAUACCAUCAGCCCACAUACUAUUACAACACACCACUCCAACUGCAGGAGCUGUUGCAACCACACUACACCAAUCAAAUGGAGUACUCGCCUGAUGUAUCCAUCUACGAUUACGUACAACGACCAGCCUACAUGUACGAUAGCAUCCUGCCCGCCAUCGACCUUGUUGGGAGCGAGAGCGUAGGUGAGGCAGCCAGGCACACUCCGUGGUACAUCAAUGCGCUUGAGAUGGAUGCCACAGAUGGAGACACAACUACUUACAAAGCGGUUGCAAAUGAAAUGACCAACGAAAUGGCAAAUGACAACAAAAACUCAAAUGGUGCCGCAGAUGGGAAUAGAGGCACUGCACAAUGGGCUCGUGGUAAGGACGCUGGCAGCAGCAGCAGCAGCAGCAACGUCGACGCUGUCGGCAAAAGUGACGCACUGACCAAAAACUUGUCCGGCAACGAGCAUCGCACAGCAAAGGUUGGCAAUCUACUAGUAGAUGGUGAGCAAGUUGAAGGAAAUGACGGCAAUGCUGAUUAUCAAUUGCGGUACUUUUAUGGUAUGCAUAAGAAACACCACAACAUGAGAAAGUAAGCAGUGAGCAGUUUCCUAAAAGCAUCCAGACACUCCGGCACACCAACGACAUUAUUUGAACCACUCCAGUCCAAGGAUACACGUAUUUCGUUGAACACCAAUUAACCAAACACACAAACAUACAAACAAGGCGAAGUUCUCCGUGCGAUGCGCUUUGCUUUGCUUGGUUUUUACUUCAGUGUUAUGUCAUAGUUUUAGCAUACAUAUGUUGCCACAUAUACAUAUAUACAUAUAUAUUUAUAAUCAAAACUAUUUUAACUGCAUAUAUUUUAGUGAAAUUAUAGUGAUUUAUACGACAUUUGAAAAUGGUGUCGAAUUGUAACUGCAACUAAAAACUAAAUAUGAUGAAAUCGUCUUUAGUAAUGGGGGGUCUUAAGAAAUGCAUUAAAUGUUGUUUAGUCACAAUGGCAUAAGCCAAAGCCCAAACGUGUGCAAAAUAAAAAGUAAUAACAAAGAAUUGAAUGAAAAAUCAAAAUCAUAAAAAGUCAAGCUCUGUUAAUAAAAGUAUUUAAUAAACAUAUUUACACAGAUCACAAGCGAUUAUUUACUUUGGAAAAUAGAAAUUGAAAAUUGUAGUUUAUUUGCAUAGAUUCAACUACUAAACGCUCAGAUGGUGCCAAAGAAAUAACAACUAAAAAGAGUCAACAUGGAAAUGAUUAUGUUCAAAGUUUGACUUAACAACAUUUCUCAUUCUGUUGUCAAUGUAUGACUGUUAAAAAGCGGAGGGUAACCGUAUUAAGAAAGGUGUAUAUUGCAAAAAAAAAAUAUUUUUUACGCUCCAACAGGUUAUAAACUGAGAGUUACAGCUUUUAUUUCUGUAAGUAUUUUAUUCUAUUUUUUUCAAUCCCUUUAACCAUUUACAUACCUGGGUGUAUACCUACGAAGGCGGAUUCGUAAAGAAAAAAAUCAUUGCACAUUCCCCACGCUGUAUAUGGGCAUGCUGUGUUGGCUGAGGGGAACAUGCCCAUGUACGUAUGUAUAUGCAAAGGUACGUUCGUUAUGGUUAUCGAAGAGAAGAGAACAAAACUGAACAUAAUUAGCAGAGCAUAGCAAAUGAGCAAAAAACGGCAUUCUUGUGAGAAAUUUUAGUUGUAUUGAACUGGCCUUUGCUAGCAGUUAUCCAAUAUUGUUGUUGUUGUUGUUGUUGUUGUGGCAGCAGCAUAAGCAUUCCCCAUACAUAUACGAGGAAUACUGCUGAAGUGAUAGUCUUUUGUCGGAUAUAAGUCCCAGUCGUUCCGGCUACGUAGAACGGACUGACGUGAGAAAGCAAUUUUAAAAACACAGCAAAUAUAAAGAACCAGUCAAAAUUUCAUACAUACCUCUUUGAAAGUGGUGUAAGUCCAUUUUAUAUUAUAUGGAGAUAUUUAAGGAUUUGCAUUUGAAUGGUUUGAAAAAUAUUGGAAUAUGUUAAAGCACUGAAUUUAUGUUUUUUAAAUAUUAAAUUGAUUUAAAUUA